AUGGCUUCUCUCAUCAGAAACACUUUUAUCCGCCCCUCUACCCUCAAGAUGGCUGCUGGUCGCUCCGCUUCCGCUAUCGCUGCCCGCGCUUACUCCACCAAGGAGCCCACUCUUAAGGAGCGCUUCGCCGAGCUCCUCCCCGAGAAGAUUGAACAGAUUAAGAAGCUCCGCAAGGAACACGGUAACACCGUCAUUGGCGAGGUUCUCCUCGACCAGGUUUACGGUGGUAUGCGUGGUAUCAAGGCCCUCGUUUGGGAGGGUUCCGUCCUCGACCCUGAGGAGGGUAUCCGCUUCCGUGGCCGUACUAUCCCCGACAUUCAGAAGGAGCUCCCCAAGGCUCCCGGUGGUGAGGAGCCCCUCGUUGAGGGUCUCUUCUGGCUUCUCCUGACUGGUGAGGUCCCCACUGAGUCCCAGGUCCGCGCUCUCUCUGCUGAGUUUGCUGCCCGCUCCGAGCUCCCCAACCACGUUAAGGAUCUCAUUGACAGAUGCCCUGCCACUCUUCACCCCAUGGCUCAAUUCACCAUUGCCGUCGCUGCUCUUGAGUCUGAGUCUUCUUUCGCUAAGGCUUACGAGAAGGGUGUCCCCAAGAAGGACUACUGGGUCUACACCUACGAGGACUCGAUUGAUCUCCUCGCUAAGCUCCCCAACAUUGCUGCCCGCAUUUACAGAAACGUCUUCAAGGAUGGCAAGCUCGGAUCCAUCGACGCCAGUGUCGACUACUCUAAGAACUUUGCUUCCCUCCUCGGUUUCGGUGAGAACAAGGAGUUCAUUGAGCUUCUCCGUCUAUACCUGACCAUCCACACUGACCACGAGGGUGGUAACGUCUCUGCCCACACAACCCACUUGGUUGCCUCUGCUCUUUCCUCCCCCUUCCUCUCCCUCUCUGCCGGUCUUAACGGUCUUGCUGGUCCUCUUCACGGCCGUGCCAACCAGGAGGUCCUUGAGUGGCUCCUUGAGUUCAAGAAGGAGGUUGGUAGCGACAUCACCCCUGAGGCCAUUGAGAAGUAUCUCUGGAAGACUCUUAACGCUGGCCGUGUCGUUCCCGGUUACGGUCACGCCGUCCUCAGAAAGACUGACCCUAGAUACACUGCUCAGCGUGAGUUUGCUCUUAAGCACAUGCCUGACUACGAUCUUUUCAAGCUCGUUUCUACCAUUUACGAGGUUGCUCCUAAGGUUCUCACUAAGCACGGUAAGACCAAGAACCCUUGGCCCAAUGUGGACUCCCACUCUGGUGUCCUUCUCCAGUACUACGGUCUCACUGAGGAGUCUUACUACACUGUUCUCUUUGGUGUUUCUCGUGCCUUUGGUGUCCUUCCUCAGGUCAUUAUUGACCGUGCUGUCGGUGCCCCCAUUGAGAGACCUAAGUCCUUCUCUACUGAGAAGUACGCUGAGCUCGUUGGCGCCAAGUUGUAA